AUGGCGUCAGGAAUCCUGGUGAACAUAAAGGAGGAGGUGAUCUGCCCCAUCUGCCUGGAGCCCCUGACAGAACCCCUGAGCCUACCCUGUGGCCACAGCUUCUGCCAAGCCUGCAUCACCGCAAACCACCAAGAGUCCAUGAUUGGCCAAGAAGGAGGCAGUAGCUGCCCUGUGUGCCAAAUCACUUACUGGCCUGGGAACAUGCGACACAAUUGGCAUAUGGCCAACAUAGUGGAGAGACUCAGGGAGGUCAAGUUGAGCCCAGAGGAGGAGCAGAAGAGAGAUCUCUGUGUGCACCAUAAAGAGAAACUCCUGCUCUCUUGUAAGGAAGAUGGGAAGGUCAUUUGCUGCCUGUGUGAGCAUUCUCAGGAGCACCAUGGUCACCACACAUUCCUUAUAGAGAAUAUUGCACACCAAUAUCAGGAGAAGCUCCAGGCAGCUCUGGAGAGGCUGAGUUUGGAGCAGCAUGAAGCUGAGAAGAUGGAGACUGACGUUAGAGAGGAAAGUACUUCCUGGAAGACCUACGUGUCCAGGCAGUUGAAACAAAUGAGAGGUAUCUUGGACAGUGAGGAGCAGAGGGAGCUGCUAAAGCUGAAGAAUGAGGCAGGAGAUAUUCUUCAUAACUUGGCUGAGGCUGAGAGUGAGCUGGUCCAGUAGAGCCAGUUGGUGAGAGAUCUUAUCUCAGAUGUGGAGCAUCGGUUACAGGGGUCAACAAUGGAGAUGCUGCAGGAUGUAAAUGACAUCAUGAAAAGGAGUGAGACUUGGAGCUUGAAAAGGCCAGAAAUGGUUUCCCAGAAACUGAAGAGUGCAUUUGGAGUUUCAGAUCUGAGCCAGAUGCUACAAGUGUCUAAAGAGCUCACAGAGGUCCAACGCUACUGGGUGGACGUGAUGCCGAAUCCAGUCUACACUGUCUCAAAUAUUGUUGUAUCUGUGGAUCAGAGACAAGUGAGAGUUAUGCAACUUGCUGCAUCUAAGAAUACAGAGUCAUGUGAUUUUUCUGAUUUUGAUGUCCUGGGCCACCAAUGUUUCUUCUCAGGGAAAUACUACUGGGAAGUAGAUGUGUCUGGGAAGAUUGCCUGGAUCCUGGGGAUAUGCAGUAAGGAAAGUUACUUCAAUAGGAAAUACUUCGAUUGGCUUAUUUUAUCCCCAAAUGUAAAUCAAAGAAAUGUUUACUCCAGAUACAGACCUCAGUACGGUUACUGGGUUAUAGGGUUUCAGAAUGGAUCUGAGUACAAUGCCUUUGAAGACUCCUUUACCUGUAGUCCAAAAGUCUUGAGUCUUCCCAUGGCUGUUACUCCCUGUCGUAUCGGAGUUUUCCUAGACUGUGAAGCUUGCACUGUAUCAUUUUUCAAUGUCACAAACUGUGGGUCACUCAUCUACAAGUUCUCUAAAUGUCGCUUUUCUCAGACUGUUUAUCCAUAUUUUAAUCUUUGGAACUGUCCAGGCCCCAUCACUCUGUGCCCACCAAGCUCCUAA